AUGUCAGAAACUGCAGCUAAAACUGCACCCCUCAAGAAUGGAGCUGCCACGACCAAUACUGUUCCAAACCCUGCAUAUGAUGGCAUAUCUGCAUUCUUUACUCGUAUCCAGGCCUGGUAUAGCAACCGCAAUUAUAUGAUUCUAGCAGUUAUUUACGGUGUUUUGUACUUGACUCUUGCUCGGGUCGAGUCUUAUUUAGAAGAUGCAUCCAAUCUACCUACACCAUUCAAGUCCAUUGAUAACCAGUUCACUUAUACUUUACCGCAACUAGUUUAUUUUUUAAAUCAGUUGGGCAAGACUGGUCGGGACUGGUACCUCAUUUAUCUAUCCAUUGAAACUCCAUUCGCUUUUGCUGGUGCAUUGCUGUUUUCUUUCACCGUGGGCUACAUUGCUAAUAUUUUGGCGGCUGCUGAGAUCACUCUGGAAAACCAGAUUGAGCGCUAUCAUCAUCGAACUGGUUCAGAUAUUCCUGUUCGCAAAGCCAAACCUCAUUUGAUUCAAAUGCGAUCCAUCUUCCUUUUAUUUAUUCCCUUGGUGAUGCCCUUGCUUGAAAUGGUGGAAAAUAUGCUUCUUAUGGCUAUUGUGCUUGAGCACGAGAAUGUAAUCGAAUGCGCUAAAAAAAAGUAUGAUACUUUUUGGGAUGCUAUGGCUGGAAACAGCCUUGAUUCUGUCACUGGAUCUGGUACAAUGGAUCUAGUUGCUAUGUUGGUGUUUUUUACUGCUGGCUUGACUAGAUACAAAUGGCUUGCUAUCCGUACAGGACUUGCUGUUACUGCUCUAACACUCUUUUCUGGAUGGACUCGAGUAAUUAUUCACUUUUUGUACUCUGGCGAAGCCAUGUUUGAAGGACUUGAUGAUGGUCCUGGAAGUAUGAAGCAGGUCUUUAACGAUCUAGUUCGAAGAUAUAGAGGAAUCACUCAGGGAAAUGACACUCCUCAAACGCGGAAUCUUCAAAGCAUGUUGAAACGUGGUGCGUCUACUGCAUCCUCGCAAGGAAAGGUAAACAACAAGAAAAAAAGUCAACGAUCCAAACGAGAAUGA